AUGUAUACAGGCCCUUCUGACUCGAGGACGAGUGUGCUUGAAACCUCGAUGCGUCAAUUCCUUCCCACUACACUUUCAAGAGUCAACACCCUAACGGAGGGUAAUACAAAGCCGAGUUUCAAACUUCAAGCCGCAGUGGAGGAAUUAUUCAAGAGUUAUUGA